AUGCGAGAGCAUGAUUCCGGCCAACAUGUCCGCGGCACGAGCCGUUUCCUUGCGGUCCCAGGCACCGUCCCUCCGAGCAUCAUCUCAGCGGUUGUCUCGCGCCGGAUCAUAUUCAACCGUCGCAGCUCAAACAUUCACUCACUCUCCCAAGAGCCACAGAGCCGUCCUUCAAUCCCCUUCCCACCCCAUCUCUCAACUUGUCUCACCAUUCGCUGCUCUCCCUUUGACGCGGUCUUUCCACGCCGCAACCUCCCUUUGGCAACAACAGCAGAAGCAACAGGAAGGCAAGCAGGGCGAAGACGCAAAGUCCGAACCACAGGACGAGGAGUCCAAGAAGGAGAAAAAGAGAAGGAGGAAGAGAAGGUUCCACCGCCACCCCAUGGAGACAAGUCUCCUUGGCAAGUCUUCCGUGAGACUCUGCAGAGCGAGUUCAAGGCCUCCAAGGAAUGGGAGGAGUCUACUAAGGCACUCGCCUCCUCGGCUCACCAGUUCACUGAGAAUGAGAAUGUUAGACGUGCGCGCGCUGCUUACGAGGCUGCAUCAACCGCCACGAGCUCCAAAACCUCCACAGCCUUCAAGACGACAGGUCAAGUCAUUGGCAAGGGAGCUGCUUGGACAUGGAACACCAGCGUUGUGAAGGGUGUUCGGAAGGGUGUCAACGCAACCGGAGAGGGCCUCGAGAAAGCCACGAGACCCGUUCGGGAAACCGAAGCGUACAAGAGUGUGAAAAACGCCAUUGAUGAUGGCAGCAGCUCGCGCUAUGGCGGUUGGGUCGAGAAAGAGGAGCGUCGCAAGCAGCGCCAGCUCCGAGAGGAGCAGGAACUGAAGGCUGGGAAGUCUCUCCGUGUCGAGGAGAGAGUUGAAGACCCCAACGCCGCACGCAGCAUCUCCGAUCGCGUUGCUGGCUUCUUUGCCGAGAACGAGACCGCCAUGGUCAUCAAGAAGUUCCGGGAGAUCGAUCCCAACUUCCAGAUGGAGCCUUUCCUGCGCGAAAUGCGUGAUUACAUGUUGCCAGAAGUCCUUGACGCUUAUGUCAAGGGUGACGUUGAGACACUCAAGCUCUGGCUUUCCGAUGCUCAGUUCCAUGUCUAUGCUGCUCUUGCUAAGCAAUACACCACUGCCGGACUCAAGUCGGAUGGUCGCAUUUUGGAUAUCCGUGGUGUGGAUAUUUCUCACGCCCGUAUUCUGGACCCCGGUGACAUUCCUGUGUUUGUCGUCACUUGCCGGACACAGGAGAUUCAUGUCUACCGCAAGAUAAAGACUGGUGAGCUAGCCGCUGGUACGGAUGACAAGGUGCAGCUGGUCACCUACGCCAUCGGAUUGACUCGUAUCCCUGAUGAAGUCAACAACCCCGAGACUCGGGGUUGGAGAUUGAUCGAGCUGCAGAAGGCUGCCCGUGACUACAUCUAA